AUCCAGUCAUUAAAUUUUUUUGAAAGCAAACCUAUUGUCAUUAAUAAGACUCCCAAAUAUCAAGUGUAUAAAUAUUAUAUACAUAUGUGCUUCUAAUAAUAAUUGCUAGGUAAUACGCUCAAUCAGUUGCAUUGGGGCAUUAGCCAUGAAUGAUAGUCUUAAAGUGUACGCUGAGCUGCUCUCCGCCAUUGUUCGCUUCAACAGCAUUACAACAAUUGUAUAUUAUGAUCCCGAGAAUGGAAGUGAGGAGUGUCAAUUGGUUAAGCUGCUAUCGUGGGUGGAUAAGAGCAUUCCUUUGCUCUUGUGGCGGUCAGUGGAUGCUGUAAAGCUGAGCAGCUUGGUCAAUGCACAGCUGGUGUUCGUGGCGUGCUUGCCUGGACUCUUUCGCCUCGAUUUGCUGAAGACAAUUGCAACCAGCUUGCAGUAUAUACGGGAGACCAAACUGCUCAUAGAACUGGCAAGCGAUCAGGAUGUGGCCCUGGUCAGCCGAGUGUUGCAAUAUUGUCUGGAAAGUCAGAUGCUCAAUGCUGCCAUCAUUUUUCGAGACUUUGGGCAGACCCAGACGUUAUACGUGUACGAUGCGUAUCCCGAAUUCAUGCUGAAGAGUCAAACAUUUUCGGAUCAGCAAAAUAUAUUUCCGGACAAAACAAUUGAUCUGAUGGGCUAUCGGAUUCGCACGAUGCCCGAUCUCUCAGAGCCAAACACGAUCCUCUAUCGCGAUAAGGCUGGGGAUAUUCGGCUGCUGGGCUACGUCUGGAAUAUGGUGUCAGAGUUCUCGCGCAAACACAACGCCAGCUUGCAGCUGAUCGACCAGGGGAAGGAGCUGAAGUACUUGACCCACAUCCAAGUAUUGGACCUGGCGCGCGACAACAUCGUGGAUAUAGCGGCAAGCGUGCAGCCACUGACACUGCGCCACUUGGACCGCUAUCAUCAGUACACGUAUCCAGGAAACAUCGCCAGCUGGUGUACCAUGCUGCCCAAGGAGCCCUUCAUCGAGCUGCGAGAGGCGUACCUAUGGAUGAUGCCAGCGAUUACCUUCUGCUUGCUGGCAGUGCUUUGGCUACUCCACGAACAGAUGAGGUGUCGUUGGCAACGCUAUAGACGUCAACUUGGCAUUGGCUGGAAGGUGCUGGCCAUAAUGUUGAUAUGCAAUGUGCAGGGCAGGCUGCUGAUGGUCUUUAUUGCACCGCCCACUAAGACAUCCAUUACCAGCUUUGAUGCCCUAUCCAAUUCCAAGCUGCGCAUCUUCGGGAUCAGAUCCGAACACAAUUUGUAUGACUUUGAUAUGCGCACGAGAUACUCGCAGGUGUUCUACCUCAGCAACAAGAUGUCGGACCUGCAGUGGCACCGCAACUCCCUGAACACAUCGUACGCCUACACCGUAACCUACACCAAGUGGCAGCUGUACGCGGAGCAGCAGGCGUUCAGCCACCGCCCCUUGUUCUACUACUCGGAAAACUUUUGUCUCUAUCAAUAUGUGCCUUUCGGCCUGGUCAUUCCUGAGAACUCGCCGCAUCGCGCCACGCUUCAUAAUUUCAUCUUGCAGUUGAGUGAAUCGGGUCUGCAUAACUAUUGGGUGACCAAGAGUUUCUACUACAUGGUGCAGGCGGGCAAACUGAAAAUUCAGGAUUUUGGCGAAGUGCGUAGUUUUCAUUCGUUGUUUAUCCAGGACUUAUACGACGUGCUGCUAGCUUAUUUACUCGGUACCAUAAUUAGCCUCAUACUCUUCGGCAGCGAGCUAGCUAUAUAUCACGCAACAUAUUGGCUAAACAAUUAAAGAGUUAAGGGUGAAAGCAUAAUCAAAUACCUAUUGGAGCUUUGUCAGUAAUAGUUUGCUUGAGUUCCGUAUAAGAAAAUAUAUAUUAAUAGUCAAAAAAAGUCGAUGACUGGCUUUAAUGGUAUUUUUAUAAAGCUAAACAAGUUAGGGGAAAGACAGAACUUGCAAUAUGAUUCAUUUUUCUAAAUAUAAACUUAGGCUUUAUUUUAAUUAACAUAGCUCUGUGGGAAGAACAAUCCUACUAUUUAUUCAUUAUUAGUUAUUGGAAAAGUAAUUAGAAUAUGUGCUGUUUAAAGAAAUAAAAAUCAAAUAAAUAAAUAAAAUAAUAGAUGGACUUACGACGCAAAAAUCAAAUGAAGCUGCACAAGAUAUUAGAAAACCAUUCAAAUUUUUCGAUAAUGUACCAAUAAUUAAAAAGUGUUUUUAAAUUGACAUGAACAAUUGUCAAAUUUUUAUAUAAAGUUAAAUAUAUAAAAUAUAUAAAAUUCAAAAACA